AUGGCAAAAACCAGUUUUCAAGAGUCUCAUGCGGAACUCGGUCACAAACCCAUGGCAAAAACCAGUUUCCAAGAGUCUCAUGCGGAACUCGGUCACAAACCCAUGGUAAAAACCAGUUUCCAAGAGACUCAUGCGGAACUCUGUGACAUUCGCAUGGCACAAACCAGUUGCGAAGAGACGCAUGCAGAACCCUCAGAAUCUGUCACUGGGGAUGAACGGCGUUUAAUAAUUCGUGCAGCAGAGGCCAGAUUCGCCGACGACGACACAACUCUUUUCCGUAAUAUUGAUACUGGACCCGCACGUACUUAUCAAGUAUAUGGAGCCGGCCAAAUAGGAUGGGGAAUAGGCAGAGUUUGCUGA